AUGAAGAAUGUAAAGAUAUUACAUUUGCCACAGCUUUUUGUGUUUGUGCACACCUGUUUUGCACAAGCAGACUUUGCCCCCUACUUCUAUGACAACGGACCCUACAGCAACAAUGGGAACCUGGCGCUGUUCAGCCUGUCAGAGGACACACCCGUCGGUACACAGAUCUAUUGUCUCAAUGGCACAGACCCCGAAGGCCAUGAGGUGAGGUAUGGCCUUUCCUUUGAUCCAGGGUCUAAAGAGUAUUUCAGGGUUGAACCCAAAUCUGGAAACAUCACACUGGUGGAAAAGCUUGACAGAGAGAAACAAGAUUCUAUUGACGUUCUUGUCAGCAUCACAGAUGGGAAAAGCAAGGUUGUGGAAAGGGUCACAAUAUUUGUAAUGGAUGCAAACGAUGAGAAACCUGAAUUCCAAAACAUGCCUACAAUCAUUGAUGUACUGGAAACAACUGAGUCUGGCAGCAGCAUUUACAAAGUGGAGGCAGUGGACAGAGACACAGGCUCAGGGGGCUCAGUCACCUACCACCUUCAGAAUGCUCAAUCCACUUUGUUUGCCAUUGACAGACAUAGUGGUAUCCUUCGUAUCAAAUCUGGAGAAAUGUUGGACUAUGAGAAAACAAAGACACACUUUGUCACUGUCAUUGCAAAGGAUGGUGGUGGCAAUUUUAAUGGCAAGGCGCAGUUUCUGUCAUCCUCUGCUACCCUGACGAUCAACGUGAUCGAUGCACAAGACACUCCGCCAUCUUUUAUUGGGACACCCUAUUUUGGCUACGUUUAUGAAAUCUCAGUGCCAGGAUCUGAAAUAUUCACUGUUGCUGCCAAAGAUGGUGAUGUGGGAAAUCCAAAUCCGAUUCGUUAUUCCUUUGAUGAUGGUGAUGAUGGUGUUUUUAGCAUCAAUGAAACAAGUGGUACUAUCACCCUGCAGACUCUCCCCAUUUAUCUGAAGAGAGAGAUCUUUAACAUUAAAGUCAGGGCUUCAGAAGUAAGUCCUGAAGGCAGACUGAUGGACUACGGGUUGACCACGGUGGUGAUCCGUGUGGUGGACCUGAACAAUAAUCCCCCCACGUUCUACGGGGAGAACGGCCCACAGAACAUGUUUGAGUUGACAAUGUAUGAACAUCCACCGGAGGGUGAGAUACUCCGGGGGCUGAAAAUCACUGUCAAUGACUCCGAUCAGGGUGCGAAUGCUAAAUUCAAUCUGAGACUGAUUGGACCAGGAAGGAUGCUACGAGUCGUCCCUCAGACUGUACUUAAUGAGGCCCAAGUCACAAUCUUAGUUGAGGACUCUGCUGCCAUGGACUAUGAGAAACACCAUUUUCUCACAUACAAGCUACUUGCAGUUGAGAUCAAUACUCCAGAGAGAUUCAGCGCCACAGCCGACAUUGUCAUUCAUCUGCUGGACACCAAUGACAACGCUCCCAAAUUCUCCUCAGACUACUACAUCGCCAGAAUUCCAGAAAACUCACCCGGUGGCUCUAAUGUGGUGUCAGUCACAGCAACAGACCCGGACGCAGGACCUUGGGGUGAAGUGAAGUACUCUAUCUACGGAUCCGGGGCUGACUUGUUUCUGAUCCAGCCUGCCUCUGGGAUCAUCUACACCCAGCCAUGGGCGAGCCUGGAUGCGGAGAUGAGAUCCAAGUAUGACUUCUAUGUAAAGGCGGAGGAUGCAGAGGGGAAGUACAGCCUGGCUGAGGUCUUUGUGACGGUGCUGGACCUGAAUGACCACCCACCCGCUUUCAAUGACAACUUCCUCGAGAAGACCAUGGUGAUUGGAGCGCCAGUGAAAAUAGAGGCUGUAGAUGAUGACGCAGAAGUACCCAACAAUGUUGUCGAGUAUGCCAUCAUGAAAGCUGAGCCAGACAACAACAUCUUUGACAUUAACGCAGACACUGGGGAAAUCAUGCUCAAGUCCUACAUCAAAUCAAUGGCCAUCAUUCAGAACAUCACCAAGCAGAGAGACUUCACCUGGUCCCUGGUGGUGCAGGCCAGAGACCGAGGCCAGCCAUCCUUCAGCACCACUGCAGUCGUCAAGAUCGACAUCACUGAAGCUACCCAACUCAAAGGGGGGCCUUUGGGAACAUUUUUAAUGCAGAGUAGAUACAACCCUUUGCAUAUCCUAGGAAUACUUGCUGGUGUCAUUAGUCUCAUGGUCAUAGUCACGGUCAUCAUCUCCACUGUCACAUUCAUGCGCAACAAAAAGUCCAAUCGGAUCCUGCCUAACCGCCGUGUAAGGAGGAGACCACGGAAACAACACUGGAACUUCAAGAUACCGGAAACUCAAGGAGAGAAAUUCAGAGUUGUAGAGGAAGACCGGGAGCCCGAUGUCAUUGUGGACAAUGUCAACUGUAACAACAAUGUCAAUAACCUAGUUAGACACUGGCCGCCACCUGCGCCGCCCUGCGCCCCAUCUCUGCCCCCUCCACCACCCCCCUACAUCCCAGGAGAGAGGCAGUGGGCAGUGCCCACCAUCUCAGCAACAGUGGCACCCAAACCUAAAAAGAAGCCAGUAAUCACCAGACAGGACACUGUGAACAAAGCACUGGUUUCAGAGCUCAAGAUGAGACUGGAGCAGAAGAGGAUACAGAAACACCAGUAG